CUACCUCUGUCCCAAAUUACUUGCCCCAGUCAAAUAUUGGACAUGCUUGCCAAUGCAACUUUGACGAACAAUAUCUUUAACUACAGAUUAGAAAAACUUGUAAAAUGUUAAUGUUUUGAAAAUAUAUAUUAAGAUGAAUCCAACAAUAUAUUACAUACUAAUAUUUGUUUUCAUAUACUACUAAUAAAAUAUGGUCAAAGUGAAUUGUGUGAAUAGUGCAAAAAGUCAAACUGAUGCAUGUAAUUUGUGACAGAGGGAGUAACAUUAAUGUCUACGUACUUCCUCUAUUUCUUCUUACCAUACUUGUAACCAUUUGACAUUUACGUUUAUCAAAGCAUAACAUCAAAUUUUAAUAUCUUCAACUAUCAAUAAGUAAACCUGUAAAAGUUAUACCAAAAAAAAAAGUAAAAGUUAUAAAAACUAGACGUAUCUAACACAAUCCCAUGACUAUGUUUCUCAACAAAGUUGAUGCGAGUAGUUUAAAUGUCCAAGUUUUUCAAGUAAAUAUAAAAUAAGGAAGCAAUAUAUGACUUUUACUUUGGGUAAGUUGUAACAUUAUUCACACGUGGUAUGAGCGUAUAAUCAAAGUGGGUUAGAGCAUGUUUAUUAAACACCAAAUCUUUAGACUUCAAUCUAAUAAAAUACGGAGUAAUAUUUAUCUUUUCUCUCUCCUCAACCCCAAACCUCACACCAACAACAUUUAUGAAACAUUAAAAAUAUCAUCAAACAAGGUGACACCUGUCAUUAAUAUAAUGCACCUCAUAAUUUUACAAAUAUGAAUCAUUUUCCCACCAUCUCUAAAAUUCACUUUGCAAUUAAAUAAAAACAAUAUUGUUUGGUCCCCCAUAUGCCACAUUUCAAGCCCUCCAUGCAUAAAAUUGGUUUUCCAUUUGGUGUUCAUGAACACCAAUUCUUGAAUAGUUUCACACUCUCUAUUCCUUUCUCUCUCAUCUCUCAACCUAUUUUAUUGUUUUUUAUUCAAUUUUCUUUCUUGAACACCAAAGAUUGGUGUUUGAUAAACAUGCUCUUACGCCUUGUUCUCUUCACCUUAAUUUUGGUGAACUUAAAUUAUUUUUUUGAUUUUUUUACUGAAAUUUUUAUUGAUUGAAACAUAUUUUUACUGAUUUCCUAUUGUAUUUGUUCAUUAAAGUUACUGAACCUUACUUAUUAAAACUUAUUUUUGUUGAACUUAUUUUUUUUUUUUUUUUACUAAAUAUACUUUUUUAAGGUGAAGAGAACAGGCAUUAUAGUAGAAUUUAAAAAUAAAAACAGAGAAAAUAGUACGAGUAUAAAUUUUAAAUAGAAAAGGGUGAGCCUUGAAGCUGUAUUCAACUAAUAAAAAAAAAAAAAGAGAAUGCAAUGGAUACGUAUUCUGUAUUCUGUAGAUUUUGUUUUGGUUAUGUAAGAUGAACUGCCUUAUUGAGCUGGACCCUGUCUCAAGUCAAACUCAGCCUGUAGUAUGGUAUACAAAAAACAAUAAAGAGAAUUUGUUGACGUGAUUUUGUUCAGUGGGAGCCAAUUAUUGACUGGGUCUUCCGCAGAAAAAGACACAAGGGACAGGGAGGGACACGCACACUGAAAGAAGGAUACAAGUCAAAGUUGUAAUGCCUGUUUGAUAGUCAUAGGAAACUGGAAAAGUCUUAGUUGUACUGCUUAAGAUUAUUGUUUAGUUUAUACAAUACUUUGCUACAGCUUAUACUAUUGUCAGAAAUUAAAAAAAAAGCUUCUCAAUGGAGAUGUCAUUUAUGUUGCUACUGCUGCUGCCGCUGCUGCAGUCAGUACUGUUGCAGUUGACAGCAACAUCCUCGUCUGCAGCCAUUUCCAAGCCUGAUUGCAAAGAACAAUGUGGUAAUGUCAAAAUUCCAUAUCCUUUUGGUAUUGGUCCCAAUUGUUACCACGAUAAGUCUUACGAGAUCACUUGUGAUACUUCAUCUCGUUCCCCCAAACCGUUCCUGCAUAUGUAUAAUCUUGAGGUGAUGGAUAUUAAUUGGCUGGGCAAGAAUCAUCGAUUAAUUGAUAAGAUGGAAGAUGAGCAAGUAUUAACUGUAGGGAUUCCUCUCAGUGACAUGUGUAAAUCUAAAGUUAGCAUUGACUUUGAUGGGAGUCCAUAUCGUUUCUCGAAUUGGUUCAAUGUUCUCGUGGUGGUGGGCUGUGGCGGCAGUGUUAACUUGAAGGAUAGGAGUGGAAACAUCUUAAUGGGGUGUGCUACCGUUUGUGUCAAUAAUAUUGUUGACAUUACAAAGGGUUGUUCUGGUAUUGGUUGUUGUCAAGCCUCAUUUAUAACAUAUAACAACAUCCUUCGUCAAAGCUCCGUAUCGGAGUAUUUUUACGGGAAGGGCCUCGACUUUUAUCGGACAGAUCUUGAUCAUGAAGGAAAUACUUCUUCUUGCGAUAUGAGAGUAGGAUUAAUUGAUAGCCGUUCAGUGAAUAAGUUUUCCCAGAGCACAGUCCCAACGAUAUUGAAAUGGAAGGGUCCAGCUUCAUAUGCACAGGCCAAUACCAACCAGCAACGAGUCAAUUUCAGUUGUCAAGAUGAAAGUUUUUCCGAACUGUCCAGCUUCACAUGUUCGUGCCAUUACACACAUGAAGGAAACCCCUAUCUUCCUUAUGGAUGCCGAGUUAUGAGGGAAUGUAGAAAGUGCAGUCAUCGUUGUACGUGGACUGAGGAUCCAUCACAUCAAUAUCGUCGUUAUUACUGUGAGAAGAUUCCAUUAUCCCAGUUGGGACCAGUACUCGGAUUCAGCUUAGGCACGGUAUUGAUAGUUCUGCUCUUAGGAUGCUAUUGGCUUUACAGAGUGUUAAAGAAAAGGAAAGAGGUUAGGCGCAAAACUGAGUUCUUUAAGAGAAAUGGUGGUCUGUUGCUGGAACAACAAAUAUAUUCGAGUGAGGGUGCUUCUCAGAAAACAAAAGUUUUUCCUGUCACAGAGUUAGAGAAAGCAACCGACAACUUCAAUAAAAACAGAAUUCUUGGUCAAGGAGGCCAAGGCACAGUUUAUAAGGGGAUGUUAAAGGAUGGGAGAAUAGUGGCCAUUAAGAAGUCUAAGAAAGUAGAUGAGAAUCAGUUAGAACAAUUUAUCAAUGAAGUUGUUAUUCUGUCUGAAACUAAUCAUCGGAACGUGGUCAGAUUAUUAGGCUGUUGUUUAGAGACAGAAGUCCCUCUGCUCGUGUAUGAAUUUAUUCAAAAUGGAUCUCUUUAUCAGCAUAUCCAUAAUACAAGUGAAGAUUUUCAUAUUACUUGGAAAAUGCGUUUACAAAUGGCUGCAGAAUCAGCUGAUGCUGUAGCCUACCUGCAUUCAUCUUCAUCUGCCCCAAUAUAUCAUAGAGAUAUCAAGUCCUCAAAUAUACUUUUGGAUGCCAAAUAUAGAGCGAAAGUUUCAGAUUUUGGGACCUCAAGAGUCAUUGAUAUUGAGCAGACUCAUCUGACGACUUGUGUUAUUGGAACAUAUGGUUAUUUGGAUCCUGAGUACUUUCAAUCACAACAAUUCACUGAGAAAAGCGAUGUUUACAGCUUUGGUGUAGUCCUUGUUGAGCUGAUAACCGGAAAGAAACCCAUUUGCCCAACCCCUGACGGAGGUUGGAUAAGCUUAGCAGUUGAAUUUAUGUCCCACAUGGAAAAUUCCCGCCUCUCUGAUAUUCUGGAUGCUCGGGUUUUAAAUGAGGGAAAGGAGGAAGAAUUUGUUGCUGUUGCUGAGCUUGCAAAACAAUGCCUGAAUAUGAAUGGGAAAGAAAGACCUACCAUGAAAGAAAUCGCGAUGGUGUUAGAUGGGAUUAGGUCAUCCCCUUUGCCGUAUUCAACAGAACCAAAUUCUAUGGUUGGCCAAGGAGUGAUGAUGAGAAUCAAUGAUAACCAAGUUGGUUAUUUAAGUACAGACACUAUUUGUUCUGAUUUUGGUCCUCGUUGAGGUUCAAAGAUUUAUGGCACACACCUUAUGAUGUCAGAUACUAGCAGUCUUGCUGUUUGCUGUCAGUAUCGGUUAAGUAUUUCAAAGGGUGCUUCAAAUGAAAGGUGGUUUUCUCUGUUUUUUCUUCUGCCAUUUUUUCCUAUCCGGCUACACAGGAAUAACUGUUUGGGAAGGUAAGGUCUUGUGUUGGUAUUGUUGUAUGUUGGUAGUGUUUCAGGGCACUGGAAGGCCCUUCCUCGAAUGUAAGCCCCUCCCCAGUGUGUAACUGAUACUAGCCCGGGUGGUUCCUCCACUGAUGUCCAACAAUCUAUGGCGCAUACGGCAUACCUUAUGAUGUAAGAUACAUUUAAUCUAUAGCUAAGCUUAAUUUUACGAAACUUUAAAUUCAUAGCAAAAUGGAAUUUCUGAUGUUCUGAAGUCUGAACAUGUAAUCUGUUAUGGUGACCUUAACUAGUUGUUCUGAAGUCUGAACAUGUAUCCAUGCAGAUAUUUUUUAACAGAACCGAAUUCUAUAUAAAGGAUUUUUUCUGUAAAUAAAAAAGUUUCAUUUUUUAA